GCUAUUCAGUAAAAUCACAUCACUCGGCAAAGGGCCACUAAAGUUUCUGAGUGAAAUUUUUGUCACCAUUUUUGUCCAUUUCAAAUCACAUCAGAAAAGCAUUUAUGUUUAAUAAGAAUGAAGGAAAUAAUCAAAAAGUUUAAAAUAAAGUAUCAGCUAGGGUUAGGGUAUGUGUUGGCAGGGCUUUUUUUACAAUAAGGUUGCAUCUAUUAAAUGAUCUGAAUUCAAAUUAAAAUGUACAGUCAAUAAGUUAUUGCAUAGGCUUCUGUUUUAUUAUGUAUUACAAUACUGAGGAUCAGAUGAUUGCCACUAUUUGCAAUAAGUAGCCUAGUAUAAAUAGCAGAAAAUCUUAAUAUUUUAACAGUGUAAACAGCAUCCAUCGCUAUUUGCGCUUAGCCUCUAUCACUCUUUACACAGUGCAAAUAGCCGUUGUCUUUCAGAAAAUUCUAAUGUAUUGAUCUAAUGUGUUAGAUAGAUAUCCAAAUAAAUCGCUGAAGUCAAAAUUGCAAAAAAUAAAAAUAAAUAAAUGAAUAAAAUGUCCCAGAUUACCCGAAUUCGCCCUAUGUUAACUACCGUUAUCUGAUCAUGGUACAUUGUAACAGGCGUUUGUACAUACGAACUGUAGCCUACAUUCGAGUUCUACGUGAGUCGUCUAAUGCGCAUGCGCAGAUCAACACUUUUCAGAAUGGCACUGCGCGUCUUGAGAUUUAAUUUGGCUUUGAAUCGCAGUUUACUUAAGACAACUGUUGUCUGCAACAAACGGCACUUGUCAGAAAAAGCGUCCUCCAAUUCGAAAGCAUCCGUUUCUACCGAAAAUAUCGAUCAUGUUCUCUACACAGAGGAACAUUUUGCAUUAAAAGCAUCUUUGAGAAAGAUCAUUGAUAAAGAGAUCAACCCUUAUGUCGAUAAAUGGGAGGAAGAAGGACUAUUUCCCGCUCAUAAGAUCUUCAAAAUCCUGGGUAAUGCGGGAUUUCUAGGAGUCAACAAACCUGUGGAGUAUGGAGGUCUGGGGUUGGACUUUAGCUAUAGUGUGGCUGUUGCAGAAGAACUGGGAAACAUCAACUGUGGAGGAAUUCCCAUGGCUAUCGGCGUGCAGAGUGACAUGGCUACACCUGCACUGGCGAGGUUUGGUUCUGCAGAGCUCAAGAGAGAGUUCUUGCAGCCCACUAUAAUGGGUGACAUGGUGGUCUGCCUCGGGGUGAGCGAAACAGGGGCCGGCUCUGAUGUAGCAAGCAUCAAGACUAAAGCUGUGCGCAAAGGAGAUGAAUUUGUCAUUAAUGGAGGAAAGAUGUGGACUACUAAUGGCACUCAGGCAGACUGGAUGUGCCUCCUGGCCAACACCAGCGAUGGCCCUCCACACAAGAACAAAUCCCUAAUCUGCUUACCUAUGAAUCUGCCAGGCGUUCACAUCGCACGUAAGAUUGACAAAAUAGGCAUGUGGUCAUCGGAUACAGCAGAGGUGUUUUUCGAUGACGUGCGUGUGCCCUGCAAAAAUGUCAUAGGGCAGGAGGGAAUGGGCUUCACGUACCAGAUGCUUCAAUUCCAAGAGGAGCGACUCUGGGGGGUGGCCAAUAUUCUGACGACCAUGGAGAAAGUUGUCCAAGAGACCAUUAAUUACACCAGACAGAGGAAGGUCUUCAAUCAGCCCAUUCUGUACCACCAGGUCGUUCACUUCAGGCUGGCUGAGCUGCAGACAGAAAUCGAGCUGUUGCGCUCCCUUUUGCAUCGCGCCACAGCUUUGUACAUUAAGGGAAACGAUGUGACAAAGCUGGCGUCAAUGGCCAAGCUGAAGGCAGGACGACUGGCCCGAGAGCUCGGUGACAGCUGCCUCCAGUACUGGGGUGGCAUGGGCUUCACCAGUGACGUCCUAGUCAGCAGGUUCUACAGGGACUCCAGGUUAAUGUCCAUUGGUGCAGGAGCUGACGAGGUGAUGCUGUCAAUCAUAUGCAAGUACAUGGACACUCUUCCCAAGAAGUGACAUCACCAAUAUGAGUUCAGUUUGAAAACAAAGUGCCCUUAAAAGGAAAAUCUGACACUUAAUAUAAAUGAAAUACAGUUAUAUCAAUUAUAAAAGCCAUUAACAACCUUAAGAUGGAUGAGUUGUACCUUGCAGUGAAAAAUAAAAUAAAAAGGUAUUUUACUUGAUGAAGAACUUUAUAUGUAGUUAUAUGUAAUUUAUGUACAUUUAGAUUAUAGUUUCAUAUGAAUGUUUGUUGUUAUGGAUGAAAAAAAAUAAAGAUGUCAUAAUUCUUCAGUA